AUGAGUCAGGGACAACCAAGACGACCACAACCUGAAGACCAAGUGCCCAUCACAUAUGGCGACGUAUUCCAAGUCUCCGGUGAAAUAGCCAACAAACCCAUCACCCCACAAGAUGCCGCAACCAUGCAAACCGCCGAGAACAUGGUUCUAGGUAAAACCCAGAAAGGCGGACCUGCCGCCAUCAUGCAGUCAGCUGCUUCGGUCAAUGAGAGCCGCGGCGUCGUAAGCCAUUACGACGUAACUAGCGCCACCGGAGAUCAAGGUGUCACUGUAUCCGAAGCUGUAGUCGCCGGUCAUCACAUCGUAACCGAGUCUGUGGUGGGACAAUACGUAGGAACCAAUACGGCGUCAUCUCCUGCUCCGCUGAUCUCCGGCGGUGACGAUCAGGUUACAAUUGGAGAAGCACUGGAGGCUGCUGCCUUAUCUGCUGGAGAGAAACCGGUAGACCAGAGUGAUGCUGCAGCCAUACAAGCGGCAGAAGUCCGAGCAACCGGUCGUAUGCAGGUGGUACCGGGUGGCGUGGCAGCGAAAGCUCAGGCUGCGGCUUCUCAGAACGCCCGAACUAUGCGUGAUGAGGACAAGACAAAGCUUGGAGAUGUGUUGGUGGAUGCGAGUACAUUGCUGCCGAGAGACAAAGCAGUGACGAGGGAGGAUGCUGAGGGGGUGAUUGGGGCGGAGAUUAGGAACCAGCCGGAGUUGGCUACGUACCCCGGUGGGGUUAGUGCGUCGAUGGCGGCAGCGGCCAGGCUCAACCAGAAGUGA